AUAAUACAUGAAAAGUGUGUUAAAUCGAUUUAGUGGUUGACUUUUUUUGUUUAUCAAAAAUUACAUAUUCAACAAUAAUAAGGUCAAAAUGGAUAAUUUUAAAAAUUGAAAGUUAAACUAACUGAAAGUUCAGUUUUUUUUGUUUCGUUUAGAAAGAUAUUACCUUUCAAUGGUUCUCACUUUUAGAAGUAAGUAAAAGCACUUAUAUUUUUCUGAUCCAAAAUAGAAAAAGCCGCUAAUAUUCAAACUUUUCAAAACAAAUACAAAAAUAAACUUUGGUGUCUUGCGUACACAUACUCUCUCCGUAUGCAUCUCAAGAUUUUAUUUCAAAACAAUCUAUAUGUAUUGUUUUUUCUGCUAAAUCUAUAUGUAUGUAUUUUGGUCUUCUCUAUAAUGGAUUAAACGUACAGAUUUACUCACAAUGAAUUGGUUGUUAAUUAUCUCUUCUUCCAAUCUGUUGUUUCAUCUCUGGUAUGGCCUUCGUGACCAUGAUCAAUGCCAAGUUGCUUUCAAAUUUAGGUGGUACCAAACUUAUUCUAACCGGUUUAUUAUGGAAACCAUGGAAGAAGUACAACGAAGUUGGAGAGGUAGUAAUUUCUUUGUUGUAUGGCGAUGUUUCUAGAAUUGUUAAAUUGGUCAUUCCAAAUUUUUUUUUUUUGAAUCAUUAUAUUGGAUUUUUUUAUUGAUGAACAUCUAUAGAUCAAAAUUGGAAGUUGACCAAUUUUAUACAAUAAAGAAAACAAUGAAAAAGUUUAGAGUUUCAUAUUGUCAAUAUCCAAACAUGAACACCGCAGUAAGAGCUUCGUAAGAAAGCUACUUCAAAUUUUAUUCCAUGUAAUGUUAUCUUUUAGUUUUAGAUUUAUUAUUUUAUAUGUAAUUUUAUAUUUUAUAUAAAUUAAAUAGUUGUAAAAAAUAAAAAAAGGAAAUAUACAUCUCGUGAUAAAAAAAAGUAAAAAACUAUUCCUACACAAAUUAGAAACUAAUGUGUCUCCUUAUAAGAAGAGGCUCAGAGAUUUGGAGUUGACAUACAAAAGUACAAUGAGUUUUUCGUUUCGCCUAGCAGCCGCCAGAAAGAGAAGCAAGACUGUCGUGAAACCUGCAUGGAACCUCCUGGAUGAGCUAUUGAUGGAGAUCCUGCCGAGAUUGCCGGCCAAAUCGCUGAUGAGGUUCAAGUGUGUGUCAAGGCUCUGGUAUUCCCUUAUCACUUCCCGAUAUCUUACCAAUCUUUUCCUUAAAUAUUCAUCACCGUCGGUUCAAAGAAGCCGUAUGCUCAUGUCUUUUGUGGACUCUGACGAGCCGUACAAGUAUGCGUUGAUCUCAUCGUCUCAUGACCCUGUCCCUCUCAUAUCACCUUUCUACCCUGCCCCCAUGUAUGACCUCGACCAAGAUCUUACCAUGCCGAGAAUAGGAGGCUGCUUUGUCAGCGCUCUUCGCGGCUUGCUAUGUGUCAGACUUCUGAGAAGUGUUCGAAUAUGUAACCUUACCACCAUGCAACGUGUGACCUUGCCCAUUAUAACAUCAAGAAUUGUGCCUGAAAAUAAUGAGAAUAUUUGGAGCUACUUUGGGCACGAACCUGUUCAUGAUGAAUACAAAGUGCUUAGUACAGUUUGGGAGGUGAGCGAGGAAGAGAUAAUAAUGAGAUCUGAGCAUCAGGUGUUGGUACUUGGUCAUGGAGCUUCAUGGAGAAGCACCCUAAGCACCAGUCCUCCCCCUCCUCACUGUCCUUACAUGCAUGGUAUCUCCAUCAACGGUGUUUUGUAUUAUGGAGCUUGGGUUGUCAAAAAUAAAUGUGUGGUCAUGAGUUUUGACAUGAGAUAUGAGGAGUUCACUUUGAUCGAACUGCCUGUUGAGGCUGGCAUUGUAUGGGAGGCGCGUUACAUGAAUCUCAUGAACUACAAAGGCAAACUAGCUGUGUUUGAAUAUUCAAGAAUUAUGAUUAAUGGUAGCAUAGAUUUAUGGUUUGUUCAGGAUGCGGGCAAGAGUGGAUGGUCGGAGAAGAAGUCUUUUGUUUUGCCUAUUUUCGAAACGCGCACACUGUCCAUGGCCAGCAGGUUGCUGAUACAACCCACAAGUCACAGCAGUGAAAUUUGUCUGACACCGGAAGAAAUCUGUCGGCAUAAUCCACGCUGUGUCAUUUAUGAUUUGGAGAGGUGCAAGAUAACAAAACUCAUUAAUGGAAUGAGAAUAGUUGAUAGGUUUUGGGGAAGCAGGUUUAUGCAGACGACUUUUUGGGAUGAUAUUGAGAGCAUCAUGUAUUUGGAAACCUAA